AUGAUUGGCUCCAAGGGGAGAUAUAAGAACGGAGGGAACAGUCUGGAAGUCACAGAGCAGCGCAGAGCAGGGCUACACGCACUUACAGAACUCCGCAGCAGCAUGAGUUUGAGGGCUACCGCACCUGCCUGGUUCCCACCGGGGCAUCCACAGGCUCGGAAGGCGGAGGCAGUGGAUAUAAUUCUGCAUCCAAGCCCGCCUCAGAAUUGCUGUCCGGCUCCGGGAUUUAUUUUCGUCCAGGCGGCCCAACCUCUGAGAAGAGGCUCAGAAGUGCCCUUUGCCAGGCUCAAGACCACCCCAAAGGCCCAGUGGAAACUAGCUAGCUGCCAGCAGUCUGCCCCACCGCCACCAGCUAAGAAGCCUUCUUCAGGCCAUUCCCCUGGCGGAAAGAGGAAGCUCCAUGUUCCUGAACCCAAGGUGGUAACAGCUCCCACGGAUACAAAGAGGGCUCUAGAGGCUAGCAGCAGCCAGGCCGCUGAUGGCGCGCAGCCCCUGAAAACUGACUCAUCGCCAGGGGUGGAGUCCGAGACCUCCUCCAACACCACUGCUGCGCAAGUCGCCCAUGAACGGUCUUUACGGGGCAAAACCCCGACAGCAGUCCGCCAACAGUACUUUGGCCUGUUUUCUGAGGAGUGCCUGAAGUUCUGCUCGACGCCCCUGGAGGCUCUGAAAAGGGCAUGGGUGGAAGAGAAAGUAAUCUUCGACCGCAGUUCUUGCAAGAACGGCUACCUGAACGACGCCAGGCACACGCUCAAGACGCUUAGGGGCCUGGUUCCCAGCAGCCUGCCUGGUCUCAACCGGGCCACCCUGUACAGACGCCUCUGCCGGUACCUGCUCACCGAAGAUGAGCGCAAGGUGAAUAGCUACCCCUUCCCAGACCCGGAGAGGCCAGGGCACGCAGUGCUCUUCACCGCGGAGAAUAAGCUCCAGAACGCUCAGUGUAGGACCUGCUGCCGCUGCGGCACUGAGUACCCGGUGACUCCGCUGGGGCUCUGUGUACGCCCAGAGCAGUGUUACUACCACUGGGGCCGGCCGCGGAAGAAGUUCCAGGCCAGCGGCUGGGAGAACCUGUACACUUGCUGCUCUGCAGCUGUGGGCUCUGUUGGAUGCCAGGUCGCCAAGCAGCAUGUGCACGACGGCCGGAAAGACAACCUGGAAGGGUUUGUGAAGACUGUGGCCAAAGAACGUUCGCAAGAUGCCCACCCAGGUAUUUAUGCCCUGGAUUGCGAGAUGUCUUUCACUAUCCAUGGCCUAGAGCUUACCCGUAUCUCCAUGGUAGACUCAGACUUGCGUUUGGUUUAUGACACUUUCGUCAAGCCCGACCACAAUAUCGUGGACUACAACACCAGGUUUUCCGGGGUGACCGAGGCCGACCUUGCGCGCACAGGCGUCACGCUGAGGGAUGUGCAGGCUUUCCUGUUGAAUGUAUUGAGCUCGGACAGCAUUCUCAUCGGACAUAGCCUGGAGAGCGAUCUUCUGGCACUAAAGAUGAUCCACCCCUCGGUGGUGGACACAGCGGUGCUCUUCCCCCACCACCUGGGCCUCCCCUACAAGCGCUCUCUGCGGAACCUCGUGGGUGACUACCUCCACGAGGUCAUCCAGGACAAUCCUGCUGGGCACAACUCCCUCGAGGAUGCAGGCGCCUGCAUGCGCCUGGUGGGCUGGAAGAUCAUGGAGGAUGCUAUCCAGAGCAGUUGGAACCCUGGCUCGCCGCCGCUGCUCGUCUCUUCUGUGGCCCAAGCCUGCCCUUGGCCCGGGUCUCUUCUGAAUGCAGCGUUCUCAAAGCCAGCCCAAUAUCCGGCCCCCGCAGCAACCUGA